CCAAAAGAUUGUCUUACAAACUGCUUAGCUCACCAUGAUUGAUAUUAGGCAAAAAGCUCAGAAAUGGGACAUUUGGAUGUAUGGCAAGCAUUCUUUACUUAUCCUUUUAGAGCUUCACUUAUCCUCAAGAGACAGCAGGAUCAUUGACCUGGGUCAGGAUGAACUUCAAAGACUACGUACAAACUUAUCCUGCACAGCCUGCUCCUUUCCAACUAGAUCAGCGUAAUUGCUUAUUAAUUAUAAGGCCGAGUAAGAUUUGGAACAGGGGUUAUGGCUGAAGGUGUCAAUCAGAAGCACUGUGAAAUCAUGUUGGGGAGUGGAGAUGAUGAUCAUGAUGAGGACUGCGAGCUCUGUAAUUUGCCAUCUAUCUCUGAUGAUGAGUCUGAUGAGUACUUGUUCUCUGAGGAAGAUGAUGAGAUUUGUUUCUCUUCUUAUUCUUUGAAUUCGUCUGCUGGACCUCUCUGUGACCUAUCGUCCAUCAUGGCUGAUCUUCCUAUCAAAAGGGGGCUGUCCAAAUUCUUCGAGGGAAAAUCUAAAUCUUUCUCUUCUAUAUCUGAAGCGAAAUGCAUUGAAGAUCUUGCCAAAAAGGAGCACCCGUACAAUAAGAGGAUGAAGUUUUACAAGCGAAAUGAGAAUUCAUAUAUGAAUCAGAAACCUUAUAAUGCUCCAAAUCAAAGCAGCAGAGUUAUUUUGAAGAAUGCACAAAGAAAUUGCUGCGUCUCUAUGUUGGGAAGGAGCAGAAGCAGCAGCUUUUUCUACAAAAAUAAAGCUUCACCAAUUUCAAUGCAGAAGAACUGCUUAUAUGUUCUUAUCAAAGAACAGCAAGAGGGAUAAGUCCCAAAUAUAGGAAAACAUUGAAGUUUUUAUGGCUUUAAUGUAUUAAGUAACAUGUCGGAAGAGGAUGCAGAAGUUUGUAUGGUUUGACUGUAUCAAUUCAUUCAAUAGGUAGACUGGAUGUUUUAUCCAAUUAAAGUUAAUCAUUAAUAACUCAAU